GAUAAAUGUCAUGGCUCAGAGUAUUGUGAGAAAUAUUGCUUCUUCCAUUAGAAAGGCCAAGUAUUUUUCCAUCAUGGCUGAUGAAGUAACAGAUGCUUCAAACAAGGAACAAGUUGUUAUUUGCUUCCGUAGAGUCGAUGAUCAGCUUGAAGCUCAUGAAGAUUUUGUUGGUUUAUAUAUGGUGGAAUCAAUACAAAGUGACAACAUUGUUCACGUCCUGACAGACACAAUGACAAGAAUGAACCUAUCAAUAAACAACUGCAGAGGCCAGUGUUAUGACGGGGCUUCUAAUAUGGCAGGUUCAAGAAAGGGAGUAGUCACCCAAAUAAGAGCUCUGGAGCCACGUGCUACGUAUACCCACUGCUAUGGGCAUGCUCUCAACUUAGCAGUCAGUGACACAGUCAAGCAAAAUAAGAUUCUCCGAGAUGUUCUCGAUAUAACGUUUGAGAUAUCCAAAUUAGUAAAAUUUUCUCCUAAGAGGGAUGCUAUGUUCACCAGGCUGAAAGAAGAGCUGGUUCCUGGCACCAUUGGAUUUCGAACGCUCUGUCCCACUCGGUGGACUGUACGGGCUGCUUCUCUUCACAGUGUUCUCGAGAAUUAUGCUGUUUUUCAAGCACUGUGGCAGGAAGUGAAGGAAUCAAGAAUUGAUUCUGAAAUACGAGCUCGAGUGACAGGGGUAGAGGCCGCCAUGAACAAGUUCGAUUUUUUGUUUGGGUUGAUGCUAGGUGAACGCCUACUACGACACACAGACAAUCUGAGUAAAACGUUACAAAACCCUUCUAUGACAGCGUCGGAAGGCCAGAAUAUUGCAGACCUAACCGUGAAGACUCUCAGUACAAUGCGUUCUGAAGAAGCUUUCGACAUUUUCUGGAAACAGGUAGAAGUUCUUCGACAGCAGACUGGACUAUCUGAAGCAGCAUUAUCAAGGAAGAGAAAGGCACCGUUUGGCUCAGAAGUUGGCAGAAGUGAGGGGUAUCAUCCAAGCUCACCCAAAGAAUACUAUCGUCGUCAAUAUUUUGAAUGCUUUGACUUUAUUGUCAGCUCCAUUCGUGACAGAUUUAACCAGCCCGGUUACACUAGCCUUCUGAACACCGAAAACCUUUUGCUGAAAGCAGCGAAAGGAGACAAUUAUGGUACGGAGCUUGCGUUUGUUCAAGAUUAUUACGGAGAUGAUGUCAUACUGUCCAGUCUUGCAACUCAGUUAGAAUUGCUAACAACUGCAUUUACGCCUCAACUGGAAGAAGUAACCCUGUCAACCAUCAAGUCGUUCUUGCAAUCUCUUUCUUUGGCUCAAAAGGCAUCGUUCUCUGAAGUGUGCAAGGUACUCUGUUUCGUAUUGGUCACACCAGCUACCAACGCUGUUAGUGAGAGAAGUGCAUCAGCGUUAAGGAGAGUGAAGACGUACCUCCGUUCGACCAUGUCUCAAGUUCGCUUGAAUAACCUGUUAGUUCUCCAUGCUCAUAAGGCUGAAACAGACACUUUGUCGAUCAGUUCGUGCUUAAAUGAGUUUGUGGCUGGUAGUGAGCACAGACUUCGCAUUUUUGGAAAGUUCGAUUAA